GUGGCAAGAUGGUGAGCCCGACAACGAUUGCGAUUGCCGGCCUGCUCCACAUCUUGGGCAUAUCCUUCUUCGUGUCUCAGCCAGAGGAUCAGUGCUCGCCGGCUCCCUCCGCGGGAAGCUAUAUCUUUCUGGCGGCCGUGCUUUUGCUGUUCUGGGACUCCGACAUGAUUCCCAGGAAAUUGAAGAAAUAUUCACCAAGGGUUUUCGCUUGCGGCGAUCUUUUUUUCACAAUCUUCUUCACCGAACUAAUUAUGCUGUUGGGCUGGUGUGGAUUCGAAAGGAUAACUUUUCGCACUGUGCAGAUUGUGUGCCACGGGCGGAUGUGGUGCGAUUAUGGAUUGAUGACUCUGUGCACCAUUCUGGGUGCCUUUGCAUCGCUUUGCAUUGUGAUUGAGGUGGUGUGUCCGACCGAGAUGAAGGAAUCGAUGGGCAAGAUCCUGGCCGGACUGCCCAUUCCUCAGGGUGCCGGACCCGUGGUCGAUUACAUUCAGGAUGUGCGCUCCUACGUGAUGGGCGUCAUCUACUUUGCCCAACUGACUCGCGAGGAGCGUUUGCUCACAGUUCGCGCCUUCGAGAUGCAGGUGCUGCGCUCCAAGGUUUUGGGUGAAUCUCGUGGCCAGCAGGAAAAUCAAGUGGAAGGGGAAAGAGCGGAAGGCGAGAAUCAGAAGCCACCAGAACCGGAGAUCGUCCAGGAGUUGUCCCCGUGAAUUGUUUAUUAUUUAUACAAAUUUAUGCCAACAGCUGUUGCUAUCGCCAGCCUUA